AUGUCCAUGUGGUCUGUAGAUAGUGCUGCUUUAUGGGCCCGGGAUGUGCACUCAGGAAGUGACAGAGGCCAGAGAAAAGGAGUUGGCAAGGACUGUUUCCACUUAGUAAGGCAUUUGAUACCAGUCAGUGAUCUCGAAGCUUGGGUGGAAAUACUAGUUGAAAUACACUUUAUACUGCUCUUCAGUCGGCAGGGGAAAUUACGGCUUCAGAAAUGGUAUACGACGCUACCUGAUAAAGAGAAGAAAAAGAUCAUUCGAGAAAUUGUUCAGAUUAUUUUGUCUCGCAAUCAAAAAACAAGUAGUUUUGUUGACUGGAAAGACCUCAAGCUUGUUUACAAAAGGUAUGCUAGUUUAUAUUUCUGUUGUGCAAUAGAAGACCAGGAUAAUGAGCUCCUGACGCUAGAGGUCGUUCAUCGAUAUGUAGAGCUUCUGGACAGAUACUUUGGAAACGUGUGUGAGCUGGAUAUUAUCUUUAAUUUUGAAAAAGCUUAUUUUAUUCUUGAUGAGUUUAUAAUUGGUGGAGAAGUACAAGAAACUUCAAAGAGGUCUGCAGUGAAAGCCAUAGAAGACUCUGACAUGUUGCAGGAGACAGUGGAAGAGUACAUGAACAAGCCUGCAUUUUAAUGUUAAAACUACCUGGAGAAGAACUGCUGUAUGCAUCUGUAAAAUGCACUUCCUGAAAUUGCUUCCCAAUGUGCCAGAUCCUCAGAGAAAUACCAAAAACCAAUAACUAAAGGCAUUUGUUUGUAUAAUGGUAAAGAUGAAGGUCAGCUAAUGUAGCACAAGGUUUAACAAUUCUGUACUUGCAUUACUCUGCAUAUGAGUUUCUCAGAGUUGUUAUUACCCUUGAUCUAGUUUCUUUUCUCCUUGCUGGACUAAACAC